GCUUGUUGCUCCUGCAGAGUGCCCGCACACGUGUCACCCUCUUUUCUGCAGCCCUUCUCGCAUCACCAACAACGCUUGUGAAGUCUUCGACAACCGACAGCAAACGGACUCACAUCGCGCACUUCUAGCAUAACCCCAGUUGUUACCAGCAUGGCUUCCGGACUCGAGAUCGCAGGAGUUGUAUUGGGGGCCUUACCACUAGUCAUUGCUGCCCUCGAACAUUAUGCGACAGGCGUGCAGACAUUCAAGCGAUAUUGGUGCUACAAAGGAGAGUUCAGGUCCUUGCUUGUUCGAAUUCGAUCGCAACGCACUAUAUACCUUAACACCAUUCAAAGGCUGCUUACAGGGAUUGUGCGCGUUGAGCACAUGGCGAAUCUAAUGGAAGAUCCAGGCGGAGCCGCCUGGCACGAUCAACACUUGAACGACGAACUAGAGAAGCGGCUAGGUAGAGCAUACGAUGAUUAUCGUGACAACAUGGAAGCCAUGAAAAGCGCGUUGAAGACUAUGAUGAAGAAGUUGGCCUUGAACGCUGAGGGGAAGGUUCAAUGUCCCGAUGUCAACACCUUCCAUUACGAGUACCAACGGCUAAAAUUCAGCCUUAAAAAAUCCGCAUACGAAGAGCAGAUCACGCGUCUCACAACUCACAAUGCUACGUUAUCAACACUGCUGAAGCAGUCGCUUGAUCUGGAACAGUCACGGAAAGCUGUUGCAUGUCCGAACUUCAAAGCGUUGCAGAAUUAUGCGCGCGAAUUCUUCCAAAUCUUGCGAUCUGGAAUGCAAUGUACAAGCGGCUGCAUAGAUCAUGCAGUCAAUCUACGACUCGAAAACCGGAAAGCGAAAGACAGACAUGAGGAUCUGUCUCCCUUUCGUGUGGUUUUCACGCGUGCAUCAAAUGAGAAGUGGAAGGAGGCGGACGUUCGAUGCUUAGCGGAAGAGAUUCAACCCACAUCGCCUCCUACUUAUGUUCCGAUGAGUGGUGCAAGAUCCGGUAGCGUCAGGCAUACACGAUUCAGUCUUCCUGACCCCAACCAGCUGCAAAGUACUACUAUCACCGUAACGCAACCACGAACAACACUCAGUGCUGUUGGCACAGCUGGACUGACCUGCAUAACAGAUCUAUGUCAGACAAUGCAUCGACCACAAACUUUGGCGGCAGAUUCGUGCGUUGGGUACUUGCUCGAUUCAGCGGACCGAAAACAUGGCAUUUACCCUCGUCUUCAGAGUCCGGCCUCUACAGCACAGCCGCAAUGGUCAUCGUACUCGCUGGCUCAGGUGUUGACCGAGCCUUCAAUCAUCGGCCUACACCUCAGACAAGGUGAUAAGCUUGGCAUAGCAAUGUACUUGUCGUCGAGCAUGUUGCAGCUCUACGGAACACCUUGGUUAAAUGAGCAGUGGUGCAACAAAGACAUCUAUUUUGUUCACCAACCUGGACUCAAAAUGGCGGAAAUCUCUAAGCGACCAUACGUCUACCGCGAACUAUCAGCCGCAGCCGCCAGCCAAGCAGGCCAGAUGCAACUUGCUCCUAGUCUGAAGUCCAGCAAGACAUUGUUCAGUCUCGGAACUGUGCUAAUUGAGCUCUGGUAUGGCAAGCCAAUUGAGCAGCUUGCAGCAGAGCGCAAUUUUCAAGGCACACAUGACUUAGCCUGGUACACAGCAGAGCGGCUGAUCCAAACAGAUCUUCCGUACGAAGCUGGAGCGCUAUACACUGACGUGGUGAAGCGAUGUAUACGAUGCGAAUUUGGUCCAGUGAACAUAGAUCUUAGCGAAGACAGCUUCCAGAAGAUUGUGUUCGAUAGAGUUGUCGAGCCCCUGGAGACGGCUUUCAAACAAUUCAAGGGACUAACUCCUGAAUACGCUUGAGUAGAGUUGUUAAGCAUCAAUGCUCAACUUGGAUAGUCAGGAGUUGAUUAGACUGCAAUCUAUCUGUAAUCCUGUCUUACUUGCAGACUCUGCACUUCAAGUUAUCCCAUAACUCCCUUGUAUUGUUGAAACUUGAAGCUACCUAUGUUCUUGUAUACAUAACUUUUGUAACUUCCUUUCAUUGAAAAAUAUCAUGUACCCAGUAUUAGCCAUGUGCAGCUACCUGG